AAACUCCUGGUGAAGUGACUGAGAUCCAUGUGACACACUAUUAUAAAGAUGGUGUUUAUUAAAGAGGAGAUUGAAGACAUAAAGUUGGAGUUUAUUAAAGAGGAAAGUGAAGACAUGAAGAUUGAAGAAACAUUCAGUGUGAAACAAGAAGAAACUGAGGAACAAACAGACCUGAUGGCACUGAAAGAGGAGAGUGAAGUACUGAAUGAAAUGGAAGAGAAAGAUCAAUAUAACAAUCAUCAUGAUUUAAUUACUGGAGAAAAACCUUGUAGUUGCUCACAGACUGAAAACACUUCCUCACAAAUGAUGGCUCAAAAGACAGGGACUAUAAGUCAUUUUGUCUGUAAACAGUAUGGAUUCAAUCAAAACACAAGCUUUAACAGGCACAUGAAAAUUCACACUGAGAAGCCUUACACGUGCCCUCAGUGUGGAAAGAGUUUUUAUCAUAAAGGACACUUUAAGGACCACUUGGUAGUUCACACUAGAGAGAAGCCUUUCACCUGCCAACAGUGUGGAAAAAGUUUCACCCGAAAAGAAAGUCUCAAUUACCACAUGAGAAUUCACACUAAAGAGAGCUUUUUCACCUGCCAAAAGUGUGGAAAAAGUUUCAUCCGAAAGGCAAGCUUGAACAGGCACAUGGAAAUUCACAUUGAGAAGUCUUACACAUGCCCUCAAUGUGGAAAGAUGUUUUAUCAUAAAGGACACUUUGAAGACCACUUGGUAGUUCACACAGGAGAGAAGCCUUUCACCUGCCAACAGUGUGGAAAAGGUUUCAGCCGAAAAGGAACUCUUAAUUACCACAUGAGAAUUCACACUGGAGAGAGGCUUUUCACCUGCCAACAGUGUGGAAAAAGUUUCACUCAAAAAGGAAGUCUUACUUAUCACAUGGUAGUUCACACUGGAGAGAAGUCUUUCACCUGCCAACAGUGUGGAAAAAGUUUCACCCGAAAAGAAAGUCUUAAGUACCACAUGAGAAUGCACACUAGAGAGAGCCUUUUCACCUGCCAACAGUGUGGAAAAAGUUUCACCCGAAAAGGAAGGCUUGAUUACCACAUGAGAAUUCACACCGGAGAGAAGCCCUUUACCUGCCAACAGUGUGGAAAGAGUUUCAACCAAAAAGGAAGCUUUAACAGGCACAUAAGAAUUCACACAAGAGAGAAGCCCUUUACCUGCCAACAGUGUGGAAAAAGUUUCAACCAAAAAGGAAGCUUUAACAGGCACAAAAGAAUUCACACAAGAGAGAAGCCGUUUAUAUGUGGUUAAGGUGGAAAGAGUUUCAAAUGUAAAGAAACCCUUGAGUAAUACAUGAGGAUCAUGUAAUAACUGUAACAGAUGUUGUUUGUUAAAACGUACAGUAUCUGUAUUUAACAUGAUUUUCAAUGCUUGCCUUAAAGACAAACGGAAUGUAUUGAGUGUGGAAUCUGUCUAAAAUUGAUGCCAGACAUCAAAUCCUUAACUACGGUGGCCCAGUAGUGCACAACUCAAAUAAAUUUAACAAGCAAACAUAAGUUCACAACACAACAGAAAAAAGCCACAACACAACGAAAUCGAGCCACAACACAACGGAAAUACUCCCGACCACAAGGGGGCUCUAUGAGCUCAAUAAAGUUAGUUUUCCUUGCCACUGUUCUGCAGAUUUGGCAGUUUUACGAAGAUAUAAAUACCACGAUUAGGUUUAACAGUAUGUAACCACUGUAUAUCGACAUGAAAUAGUAAUUCAUAAUUACCUAUGUGCAUUAUAGCUGAAUAUUUAUACCUGGGAAUGAUUUGACAUGCUACCACAGCGCAUGAUGAAGGGAACGUCUGCCAAUUCGACCAAGUGCUUAAAACAUAUAAUUUGUAUUCAUUAAAAUUACUUUCAACAUUUAAAAUCAGACAUGUUCAACUAACUUUACUGAGCUUGGAGAGCCCCCUGGUGGUUGGGAGCAUUUCCGCUGUGUUGUGGCUUUAUUUUGUUGUGUUUUGAACUUGUUUGCUUUUUAAAUAUAGUUGUGUUGUGCACUACUGGGCCACUGUACUUAACAGCUGAAAUGCAGCAUGACCCCCUCUCAUUAGUGUCAGGAAGUCUGUUGAUCAGAGUGUUGGACUGUUAUUUACUAAGUUAACAAAGUUACAUACUUUGAUGCAUAUGCAAAUAUAGUAGUCAUCAUUUGAAGUGGAUCAAAAGCUUUCAUCAAAGUCAUCCUAAAACCUUCUUCUUAAGGUUAGGUUAGUUCUUAGGACAACUUUGAACUUUUUUGAUCCACUUCAAAUGUUGACUACUAUAGUAUGCAGUGUUACAUCUUUGCAGUAUAUUUUAAAAAGAAUGCUUUACAUAAUCUUACCGUCACCAGAAUGUGAUUUAGUGUACAUAAUUCACUUGACAACUGGAAAUAAAUUGAUUACAAACUGGUAUUAUA